AGCUCUCAAGACAACCGUGGUGACGAGAAGAGCAAGUUAGGUAUGGCAUUAGAUACGCCGAGACAGAUUGAGAACGAGGUGGUCAUGAAGAGAGAUGCUGUGCCCACCAAUCUCGUCACUUACAAAGGAAAACAUCUCCCAGCUAGGAUAGACCCAGAAGCGAGAGUGCAAUAUGUGUUAGAGAUGAUGGCCACUGCUUUUCAGACCAAAGAACAUCAUAUCACUCUGUGUUUGAGGGAUGAGAAUGAUAUCUUAAUCACGCAGAACAAUCUUCCUAGUAAGAUCUACAAUCAUGAUAAUCUCAAGCUGGUAUCCUCGCCUGCCAUCGAAGCAUUGGCAGUGGUCACGGCUUUGCAACAUACCUCACUCCGCCCCUCGUUUGACUCUAGUAUCAACAUACACGAAGCCGGCGGGAUGUCUCUCAAACUAGCUCUGUUCAACUUGCAAAAAUACGUCAAAGAAGAUGAUUUCGCCGUCGAGUUCAUGCUCCGUGGAGGGGUUGCCAUGCUAGUCGAGCUGGUAUGUAACGAGGCACUCAGUGGGAACAGUCUCGCAUACGCUCUUCAAGGGAUACGCGGAUUACUGGAAUAUGAAGCUCCCUGGCUCCAUCUGACAGACGCUUUCGUCCACCGCGUUGUCUCUCUUCUCAUCACUUCCACCGCUCCCAACAUUAUCCGACCUGCUACCGCGAUCGUCCGGAAGCUAGUAAUUGGCUCGGCCAAGAACAUAGUGACGAACUCUGCCAAUACCGGUACUCUGGUAGGUCAUCCUGGUUAUCCCAGUAGAAAAGGUAAAGAGAAGGAGAAGAAGAGUAAGGAUGUGAAAGGAGCGGGGCAAUACGGGUUCGACAGAGUUUGGCCUGUGAUCCAGAAAGUCGGAGAGGGCAUCUUGAGUGAUCAUGGUGGCAGUGGAGCGGAAAGAGUGUUCAGAGUGAUAGUCGGGAGACUUGAGAGUACUGGGGAUCUCGAAUUAAUAGCGCAAAGUCUUGGGCUUGUCAACGCCUCACUGCGUUCGGCAGCGCAGGAAUCCAGCUCUCAUUAUCCCGCCCUGGUGGGAAUUCUUGAGAGGUUGUCCGUCAGACGUUACGUUUCGCGUCUCAUGCCUACAAGUGCAAACAAUAUCGUCGAGAAUCAAAUACUCAACUUCCAAGCUCGCUAUAUGGCCAUACUGGAUCAUCGACGUCUACGUCCCGUUCGUCCCGUGAUCAACCCAGAUCAGGAGAAGAUGCUCGACGAUAUCUGGUUUGUUGGACAACUUGAAGACGAAGAUUUCGAUGGUUUAUCCACUGGACACAGUCCAGUUCGUGGUCUCGGUCCGAGAAGUCCCAGAACCCCCAGAAGUCCCGGUCUAGCAAGGAGAGAAAAGAACGGGGGAGGAGAUAGGACGAUGGAUGGUUGGGUCAGAAUCGGUCUUGGUUUUGACCAAGGUGGCGUGCCGGUGAGCAGUGAGGCGGAUUUGUUCCGAGAUGUGGGAUCGUUGGGCUUAGAGUGCCUGCAUUGGUUUGCCAUGCAUGAGGAAAGCUUUCACAAUGUAAUCAUGGAACAACAAGCCCGGCCGGAAGACAGGCGAUGCCCCAUUGGUGCUGCUAGCGCCGAAUGCGUCAAGAUCUUAUGCGAACAUUAUAAGAUCUCACAAGCGGGUCAUCAUGCUCCGGCGCAUUUCCAGUUGUUUUUACUCAACUUUCCUAGACUGCAUCAUCUAGUGUUGAGGUUUUUCAUGCGGAUGUGGCACGAAUCAGAGUCCCGUCUCGCAGACUUCGCACGUCUUUCUUUCCUCGUCCGUUCCCAAAUUCGUCUCUCACUGGCAGACGAAGCAGGUAAAACAUGGCUUCAUUUGGAACAAGAACUGGAAGCAGAUUAUCGCACUAUACGAGAUAGACAAUUGGAGAUGCUAGAAAGGGAAGAUGGGAUGUUGGCGCGACAGGCUGUAAGGGAGUUGAAAGAGAAAUUAGGAAAGGAUGCUUAUGAGGUCAUGGCUGAACAACGAAUCGGAUGUAUGCUACAAGGAAGCUGGUUCAACGCAGCCACCAUCCUCAUUCCAGGUAUCCAAGUCGGUUCCAAGCCUAACUCUUCCAAACCGCUUCGGUUCUUGCGUCUGUCAUCCAAUCGUCGUACCAUAGCCUACUCCGAUUUCCCCUCUCGUACCCCAACACCACCGACAUACGACUCACUCCUCCAUCACAUCGAUAUUUCCAAUAUCACAACAAUCCGUACUCGUACCGGCACCGCCAUCAAAUCUCUUUCACCCAACCUCAUCUCAAAACUCAGUUUCUCACUGAUGAGUGGAGAAUUGAGUUUGUUAGAUGUGGAUGCUGUUCAUACUGCGCAGAUGUCUGAAUGGACGGAUGGUUUGAGAGUGUUAAGGGGUGAAGGAGGGAUGGGGACUAAAGAAAGUGGGGCGGCUUUGCAAAUGCUGAAUGAUCUGGCAUUGAAAAUUCGUUUAUUGGAUAUUACAGGUGACGGUUUGGAAAUACCGGAGAAAGUGUCGAUAGGGCAAGCUCCUCGAAGUGUCGAUUUUUGGUUUGCCCGAUGAUUUAUAGUCGUCAACAUUGUCUUCCACUUGUGGACCGUAUGUGAAUCGUAGGAAAUAAAAUCAUGUUGAGUGAAAUGAGAUCUUGAAUGCAUGGGAUGCUUAUGU